AUGGCGUUUCCGGAAGAAAGUUCUCAGGCUGAUGAUGUGAAUAAUGCAAGCAGCAACAUGCUUCUGCGCGAAAGCACCGAAUUGGAAACAGCUGAUAAAACCGAAAGUGAAGAAGAGGCCGAUGGUUCAAUGACGCCACCAGUCCCUACAGAGUUCACCUAUGACGAUUCGACUGACGAUUCGUCUGACGGUGGUGCUUCGUCCGAUUCAGAUGAUGAUGAUGAUCGUCCCUUAAAUGGAUUGUUUGGUAAAUCUAACGCUAACAAUGGAGAAUUUUCCUGGGAUAGUACAUUUAUCCCAAACUUGUAUCGAUUGAUCGAACUGCGUUCGGAUACAAGCACAACCGGGACAGUGGAUAAAGCUAUUAUCCACCCGAUAGAUUUGGGAAACCUGUGCAAUGCAUUGGCCCCCGAAAGUUAUCAUUCUAUCGCCGAUAUACGCUUUGAGAAAUUAGGGAAAGAACAUCUCGAUCUUGUUGGCUGCUACGGGAAUCGUGAACUCAUUUUAAAGCUAUUGUUACAGAGCAAUUGUAUCGAUCAGGACAGAUAUGAUGAACUUGUCAAGUCUGAACGAGAUUCCGAUUCAGUUCGUACGAGUAAUUCGUUGACAACUGGCCUCUAUCUACUUUUUGUCAAGCCGCAGUUGGGCUUU